GUGAAAAUAAACCUGUCUGAAUGCCGUCUGUGGGUGGAGACACUGCAGAGCGAGUUAUAUACUGCGACUAACACCUGAGAUCUACAAACUUGGGCAUGAAGACCGUCUGCAGUAGCACAGCGAUAGUUCUUUGUUUCUGGUUAUAAUUUUCCAGCCAAGUAAACAUGUACCUCUUCAAGAAACUCUUCAAAGAUGUUAUCAAAAAAAGACACCCCGACGAGGACACCGUCACAGUGAAGGGUAAGCCGAAGCCUAAGUAUUAUGGAACAGUCGCCCCGUACCCGAACUUCAAUGCCAGCAGUGAUGCUUCCGUUCUUCAGAAAGCCAUUGAAAGUAAAGACGUGGACGAGGAUGUGAUCGUUGCAGUCCUAGGGAAGAGAAGCAAUGAGCAGAGACAGAAGAUCAAAGUGGUUUAUGAAUCGUCCACUGGGGAGAGCCUGGAAAGAGCUCUGAAGUCGGCUCUCAGGUCAGAUUUAGAGGACGUCUCUCUGGCUCUGCUCAUGACGCCCGCUCAGUUCGAUGCCUACCUGCUCAGGAAGGCCACAAAGGGUUUCGGCACACAUGAAGACAUCCUGGUGGAGAUUCUGGCAACAAGAACAAACGAUCAGAUUCGAGAGAUCAAGAGAGUCUUCAAAGAAGAGUACGAAGAAGACCUGGAGGACAUUAUGGAGCAUGAAACCAGCGGUGACUUCACCGCAGCCCUUCUGGCAUUGUUGAAAGCAAACAAAGAUGAGAGCGGGGUAAUCGACACGGAUCUGGCCCAAAAGGACGCAGAGGUUCUGUUUGAGGCAGGUGAGAACACCAAAGGAAUCAAUAUUUCUGCCUUCAUCGACAUCCUGACCACGCGGAGCGGGCUGCAGCUCUCUAAGAUGUUCGAGCACUAUGCUGAAGUCAGUGACGUCUCAUUACCCAAAGCGCUGGACAUGGAGCUGAAAGGAGACAUUGAAGACUGUCUCAUUGACAUUGUGAAAUGUUCCUGGAACACACCGGCUUUCUUCGCUGAGAAGCUCCAUCUGGCUAUGGAGGGCCACGGCACAUGUGAGGACACACUGAUCAGGGUGCUGGUGAGCCGCUCUGAGGUCGACCUGAAGAAGAUUGUGCAGGAAUACCGGGCCAUGUAUGACGUUAGCCUACAGGAGACCAUACUGAUGGACACUAAGGGACACUAUGAGACCGUCCUGCUUGGACUGUGUGGACCUCACUGAAAUUCUUCACAGGAAAUGGAGGCCAGCUUGUCCAUCGGAUGCCACUGAAAUCUCACAUCUUUCAAAAUCUGUCUGUUUCAUUGAGUAGAUGUAAUUCCACCAACAAUAAUAAAUCAUCUGAUACCCGUUC